UCUAUGCGGUGAUUGGUGGAAGGUUAGGAUAUCAAUAGUUUAUUACUAUAGUUAUACCGCGCAGAAGAAAAAAGUACUAUUAACAUCCAAUUAUUAGGCUUUCGGUAGCGGUGGAUUGAUAUUAGAAGUGUAUUCAGGACACAGGUGAAGCCACCGUGUGGAAGCAUAUUACAAAAAGGAGCUGCUGCUCUCUGAGGGUGCAGGGACUGGCGGAAGAUUCAAUUUUAAAGCAAACUACCGUGUGUCCUCAUGGCUGAUUCCGAGCCCAAUUUCCCCCCACUGCCCGGGUUUGUUCCUCUCAAGCCCUGUUUCUAUCAGAACUUUGAGGAGAUCCCUGAACAGCACCGCAGCAUGUGCAAGAAAAUGUACCACCUGUGGAUGUUGAACAGUGUCACCCUUGCAGUAAAUUUCAUUGGGUGCUUUGCUUGGAUGUUUGGUGGCGGUGGAGUGACCAACUUUGGAUUGUCCAUCAUCUGGCUCCUAAUGUUCACUCCUUGUUCCUACGUGUGUUGGUUUAGGCCCAUCUAUAAGGCAUUUAAGUCGGACAGCUCCUUCAACUUCAUGAUGUUCUUUUUUGUGUUCAUGGCCCAAGUUGGAAUCAGCAUCAUCCAGAGCAUUGGUAUCCCAGGAUGGGGAGUAUGCGGCUGGUUGGCCACCAUCUCCUUCUUCAGCUAUAACGUUUUUAUUGCAUUAGUCAUGCUGAUCCCUACCAUCAUGUUCACUGCUGUGGCCUCGCUGUCCUUCAUUGCACUCACCAAGAUCCAUAACUUCUAUCGUGGCACUGGAGCCAGCAUGUCCAAAGCUCAGGAGGAGUGGGCCACAGGAGCCUGGAAGAACCCCCAUGUCCAGGCGGCAGCCCAGCAGGCUGCCAUGGGGGCAGCUGCUGGAGCCAUGCAGGAUCAGUUCUCCAGCCCACAGUACAAUGAAAAUCAGAUGUAGCAUCUUCAAAACAGAAGAUGUCAGAGAUUUAAAGCCAAGGUUUAACUACAGAACAUCAAAAACCAUUUCAUUUCUAAGACAGAGUUGAUGAAACAAAAUCAAAAAGCAGAACUGAACAUCUGUGGAUAGCUGUUUUUUAGCGAUCAACAUUAAAGGGUAUUUAAAUUCUUUGAAGUAUUUUUAGAUUUAAAUUUCAUAAAAAUGUGUAUGUUUCUCAAGUAAAUGUUAUUGUGAUGGCAUACAAGCCAUGUGCUAAUUUAGGUUUUGAAAUUUAUAUGAACAAAACAACAAAUGGGUCUACUUUGUGUAUGGAAUCUAUUUUCAUAUAAAGAUGUCAGAUUUAUUGAGGAUCAACUAACUUUAUGCAUAGUUUUUGGAUGAUAAAGUAUUCAUAGCAGUGUUCUAGUAAUUCUUUGAUUUUAAACUUAAAUGUGAACCAGAGAUACUGAUUUUGUAAACAUGUUUUAAAUGAGGUUACUUUCUAAGACCUCAGACAUCCACUCUGAACUGCAAAUGUAUGCAUUAUAUUAAAAAAAACUGUAUUAAUGCAACUCUUUAAGUGGAUUUACUCACUGAUAAUCUGAACUUUGAGGUUCCUUAUUGCUGCUUUGUUGGCACCAAAUGAUUUCUGUCACAUUUCUCACCCUGAAAACACAAGGUUUAUAUCUCAAGUUAAAAUUAGCUUUGUUGUUCUGUUAAGCAGGCAAGAAAACUACAGUUCCAUAUGAAUGUUUAUAUACACUCAUCAUUAGCAGUUAUGUCAUUAUUUUUGGCUUUUUUUAGUUCAUUUAAACUGUUGAUUUUCCAGGAUCAAAUAAUUAUAUAACAGUUAACAAAAAAAGAAUGGGUACAUAAGUCAGAAUUCAUUGUGUCAAAAUAGUACAUAUGGGGUCCAAUAUAUGCAUACACCCCCACUAAUAUUUGCAUAAUCUCAAUUUGCAUGUUUCAAGGAGACCACAUCCUCUUUGAAGACAUCAGCAACACUCUAAUAUAAUUUUCUCUGGAUAUUUAACAACCCUUUUAAUCAGAAAUGGUUAGAUUUCCUGGCAUGCACCUAGCUUUUAAGGGUAGUCCAAAAUAUGGGUCCAGAUCAGGACCAACCAGAAACUUAAUGUUAGGCUAUUUUGAAAUCAGUGUUUAUGUAUAUUUGUGUUUAUUUUCCCAUUUUAAGUUUUCACCAUCUUUAGGUCAAGUUAAAUAAUUUGGAAAUAGUCCUCAUUAUUCAUUAUACCCUUAACAUUGCACCAAAAAGCCUCUCCCAAACAUACUUUUGUGAUCAAGCUUAGUCAGAUUUUGUCUCAUCUGGACAAAGACCUUUUCUCCACAAGGCCUUUGCCUUGUCCAUGUGGUUAAGUGCCAAUUUUAGUCAAGCUCAAAGAGUAACUAAACCCCAAAUCAACUUUUUUUGCAAAUGAAUUAUAUUAAUUGGUCCUUAAUAGAUGCUAUCUUUAUGUCACUGUGAUUUUGUUUUUACAUUUUAAUUUAAACUUGUUUAAUUCUGCAAUAUUUGUCCUAAACCCGUCUUAGUGCUGACCUCUUUGGAAUAAAGGGUGGCUACUGCAUUUGAAUUGGUUGAAAUGGUACAGCUUGAUACAUGUCUACGUCACAACCCCCACGUUUGAAUAUUCUAUCCACCACUACGUCAACAGCGUUGGCUUCGUGCAUCACUGAGUCAGCACUUUAAGCCAGCAGCUUGAACUGAUAAGGCUCAGGCCCCCAGGGUCCUUGAACCCUACCUUAACCUCGGAGACGAGAGGGGUCAAAAAUCCUUCAACUCAAAACUACAAGCCUCGCCCUGGUCACUCUCUAUAUUUGAGUAUGUCAAAUUAAGCUAGUUGUCUCUUACGCGCGUCCACCUGACGAGGGAAAGUGGCAUUUUGGUUGCAUUUGGAAACAUUUUCCAAAAUGUUUCUGGGGGCGGGAUUAUAUUUUUUACAUCAGGUUUAGUUACACUUUAAUGUUUCCCUUUUUAUAACAGCAACUUCUAGCUUCCCGUUUAUGAUUGGCUUCAGCCUUGGCGGUUCCUGAGUUGCUCCCGAACAUCCCAAUCUUACAUAAAACUCCAUGAACAGCGUCCCCAAAGCCAUGACCUUAAUUACUUCGAACAUUUUUGAGCUACACUUAAAGUUUGGGUCCUUGGCUGUAAACCACCAAUUUAAAUGAACUUUGCCAAGAAUAGUGGUCAAAUAUCCAGUUGAAUUUAUACCAGAAGCUUGUUGAUGACUAUGAAAAACUGGCUGAGAUGCAGCUCACUCAGGAAUAUUUAACCAAACAUUGGUAGAGGUGUAUGUAGACUUUUGCACCCAAUUCUUGUUUUUAGAAAUUAUGGAAGUUCUAUGCCGCUGAAUCAUUCCACCCUGGAAAAAGAAAGGUUCAAACAGAUUAAAAGCCAAAAAUGAAUAUAUCAAUUGUAUUCACAAUGAUAGUAUGUGAACUCAAAACUGUAAAAGAAUAAAUUCACAUAUCUGACCUAU